AUGGACAUUGAAAAACUACCCAGUUGUAUCAACCCAAAUGGCACUGGAAAAACAGCUCGAGGCAUGCCCAAGCGUAUGGAAGGUGGCAAAGUGCCUAGUCACAUUAAACAGGGAGGAGUCAACUACGUUCCAAUUGAUUCUGGCAUUUCCGAAGGUAAUGCAGGGACAAUCCAAAAGUUGACCCGAGUGCCAUCGUCGCCUUCUUCUUCCACUACGGCUUCCAGUGUCGGGUCUUUGUCCGAAGACGAUGAUAUUAUCACCCCCAUGGGCAAAGAGAUUGGAAUUGAAGUUUCCAAAUUGGAUGAUGAGACCGAUUCACCCUUGACCGUCACAGUCACUGCGAAUUGCUGA